AUGAUUUCUUGGAUUUCUGGGAAGCGAAUCAAAAAGUUCUUUGCUAUGAAGCAAGGAACAAAGGAAAACUUGAUGCAUUUCAAGGAACGAUUCUUGAGACAGGCUGAAGUCCUGCAAGAUCUAUAUGGCAUGGCAUGGUUCCGAGAUUUUGCAGUCAAGACAAAAGCGUAUGCUGCUAUUGCUAGCACCAAUACUGCUGCUCGAAACAAGUGCAAGGAUGAUAUCUUUGAAGCCGUUCUUGCAACAGGAUUUCUGUGCAACAGCGAUUGA